AUGGAAGGUAACCAGAUAGGCAUUGACGAUUACGAGGAAGGACACGGCAUAGUCAUCGUCUUCACAAAAUUUCUCAUCUUCCUCGCUGGAAUCUCGGCAAUCGCAGUCAACUUGACGGCUCAUUUCGAAUUCGGUGAAUACACGCAACUGUUUCCUGAGUUCAAGAAUGCCGAACUGACGGGCGAGUUGGCCACAUUCAGCGGCAUUAUGGCUUUCAUCAGCAUCUACGGCUCUCUGCUGUAUUAUAUUGAGGAUCAGCCCGAUUACAGACAGUCGACGACCAUUGCUCUUCAAACUUUUCUAAUCUGGGAUAUUUCGCUCUCGUUGAUAUUAUUUGCGUUCACGUUCGUCGUCUUUUACUGCUACAUGACGGUUGACUACAUCUUUGACGAUGGAUUUUUCCAAGUGAUGGCUGAUUAUCAGAACAAACCAGAACUGGCGAGCCUCAUCAACUCCAUCCAGGAGACAUACGCCUGCUGUGGGAACCUCAACUACACGGAAUGGUUCUACGUGCAGUGGACGACCGAAAUAACUGCAGAAAUUAUCGCCAUUCCGGAGAGUUGCUGCAACAAAGUUUAUGCCGAAUUUGUGAAUAUAACCUGCGAGUGGAAAACAUCUUACAGCCAUAUCUACAAACUGAUCCCAUACAAGAUCGGCUGCCUGGACGUCAUUAAAUGGUGGUACGCCUUCUACUUCCUCAUCACCACAUCUCUCUUCAUCUUGGCUUUUCUAUGUCAGGCAACCAUGUUCAAGGGAAAGAGACGCACGUACUCGACGAUGGAAAAAAAGAGGCUCAUUUUCCAGCAGGGUGCCAUGUUCCAAGCUGCCAUGGAGGGCGGACAAGGGCAAGAAUUGAUAAACGACAUUUAA